CACAAGAUGAAAAGUUCUAUAUUUAGUAAACAAUCCAAUGAAUUACAAAACAAAGACGUUUAGUUUGCGCAGUAAAUUUUGUACAUAUCUGUAAUGGCUGGAGAUAUGUUAAGUAAAAUUGCUCCCCCAGGGAGAACUGGUCAUGUCUCUGUUGCCUAUGAAAAAUGUAUGUUCGUGUGGGGAGGUUUUAGGGAAAAUCCAGGUGCUGCAGCAAAUACAUAUUUUUGUGGGUCUGAAUUAUGGAUCUACAGUUUUAUUACCGAACGAUGGUAUUUAAAAGAUAUCUCAACAGCUUAUCCUCCAGGAAUGUCUGGGUCUACUGCUGUAAUAAUCAAAGACCAUUUAUAUGUGUUUGGAGGCUAUGGCUACAGUGGUCAAGGAUGUGUAAAUUCUCUACACAGGCUCAAUCUUGAAAAUUUUUCCUGGGAGAGUUUAAAGCCCACAGGCAAUCCACCUUCACCAGUUGACAAAAUGGUUGGUUGGGCCUACAAAAAUCAGUUUUAUAUUUUUGGUGGCUUUGGAAAUCCAGACAGUGUAACAGCAUAUGAUUUCCAAUUUGUGUUUUAUCACCUACUUUGGAGAGGUUGGACAAAUCAGUUUUUUCAAUAUGACCCGGAAAAAAAUGUUUGGAAAAUACCUAAAAGUACAGGUCCCUUACCAAGUGCUAGAGCUGCCCAUGCUGCUGCUGUGCUGAAAUCAAAAGUGUAUAUAUUUGGUGGACGACAUGACAGAUUCCGGCUAAAUGAUUUACAUUGCUUGGACAUGGAGGAAAUGAGCUGGAGUGGAGAAUUUGAUAUCAAAGGCCCAAUUCCUGAAGGAAGAUCAUGGCACAGCUUUACUGGACUUAAUGAGAAGUGUUUGAUAUUAUAUGGUGGAUUCAGUCAGACCAAUGUUCCUUUAAGUGAUUGUUGGAUGUUUGACACAGUUGCAGUAUUAUGGCAGCAAGUUGAAUUACCUUAUGAGAAACCUCGAUUAUGGCAUUCAGCAUGCUUAAAUACAUUUGGUGAAGUAGUAAUCUAUGGUGGCUGUACUUCAAAUAUUUUAGACCUUGAAAGAACUCCACAACAAACAAGUGAUAUUUUUGCUAUCCGAUUAACCCCAAAAACAUUGUAUCGGUUAUGUGUUGAUAAAGCUUUAAGUUUGCCUGAGUUAAAACCUCUGUUGUCUUCUCUUCCACAAAAUAUUCAAAAUAUAAUCCAAGUUUUGAGUACUGAUCCAAGAAGUAAUUUAGAAGGCUCUUGAAAAGAGUUGAACGUGAUUAAUCUUCAAAGAAAUUAUGCGCUUUACAUUUUUGUAAUGUUGUUUUGUAAUUCAUUCAUCAACAUGACAUUGUUGGCAUAGUAGGAAGAAACUGUUAAUUGAAUUAAAAUAUUUUUGAAAAAAAAUGGAACCAACUUCAAAACUGCACCUAGAAAUUGCUCUAAAAAGUAAAAAAAUAUUUUGAUCUUUGCACACCAUCUAUAACACUUUUGUAAUUGGCACAAAAACAAAAUGUGAAAUCAUGUGUAACCAUACUUUGUUCAUACUUUAAAAAACCACUCAAAAUUGGCUACAAAACAUGUAUGCAGUUUCACAAAUAUGCUAUCAUCAAUGUAUAUUGUAUGUGAGUGGUACAGCAAAUUUCCUUGGUCGUUUACAUUUACAGUUGAUUGAAUUAUUUCAACGAAUUAUUUUAUCUAUCCUUUUUCCUCCAACUUCAAAAAACAUGUUUAAAUGUAUUGUUCAUGGUGUUCAAAGAAUAAGAUAAUUGUUGAAUUUUUAAUGCAGUUUGAAAGUCGGUUCUAUUUUGUAACAAAAAUAUUUUUAUUUCAUUAUUUUUAGUGCAGAUGCCUUACAGAAAUAGUACGAUGUUACCAUCACAAAACUUCUUUUUUUCAUAUACAUUCGAACUUCGUUAAUGCAACCAUGGUUAAUACAAAAUUAUGGCUAAAACUAACAUUUUGUUUAUUAAGUUUGGUUUACUAUUGAAUCACAUUAAAAAUUCCACGGAUAUUAUGUGCAACAAAAAGAAAAUUUCGGUUAAGACGAGCAAAACUUCUGACCUCUCCACGGAAAAAUUUCCGGAUUGAAUACUUUUUUUUUUUUUUCUGAUACUUUGUGUCAUUGCAGAAAGCUCACCAUGCAUUUCUAAUCCUUUGAAUAGUGUCUUACCCAUUUUUAGUUAUCAAGUGGUUACAGCUAUUCUACCUUUUCUACCCUAUGGCACUGAGAAUUUUAACUGACAAUGACUGGGGUCAAUACAGCUUCUUACUUAUUACUUUAUCAUUGUCUCCCCCCCCCCCCAAACCAUUGAGGACAGCAUUAGACUAGGCUAUUGUUACAUCUAAGGCAUUUCUCCCACAAUUGCUAUUCUGAGAAUGAAGGGGUUGAAACUCAUCAGGGAAACUCAUACUGUUGCUGUUUACAUUUACUUAGGAAUAAAACAGUCCAUCUUUUCCUUUCGGUAUUACCACUUGUCCCUCCCCCACCCCCCUUCAUUAUCACCUUUCUUCGAAUAGAUUCAAAGAAUGGAACAAAAAGUAAGGAUACUGUUCUGUAAAAUGUUAUUUGCUUGAAACGAUAUUUUUAACACAAAUGUCUGUGUGAGAAAGUACUAAUUUUUAAAAGCUUCCCUGUUUUUCAAAUGUAACUAUUGUUUUCCAUCCUGUAUAUAUACUGUAUUCAGUUGUAUAUUUAGAGAAUUUUUAUAUGUAUUACUUAAAAGAGAAAUAAAGUAUUUGAAAAAUCCCUUUUCAUACAACAAUAACACAUUAGUUUGUAGAGUCCCUCUCAAGGUGCAGAUUUUGCAUCAUACAUUUCAGUAAAAGUGUUGAUUCACCGCAAUCUGCACCAUGACCCCCCCCCCCCACGUGGUUGCCCGUGUCAGACCUGCCGUAUGAUUUAGCUAGCCUGUGGUCAGUUUAUCCCAGAGUACUCAAACCUAAGCUGGAUAAUUGUCUUGAUUUUAAAAAGAAAAAGGCAAAUCUUGCAAUUUUCUAAUUUUAAAAUCCUGACACUCUGUGAACUACUACGUUGAAGCUUUUUUGGGUUAGAAAGUGCCAAUUUGCCCUUGAAUGAAAGUCCCCUCCCCCCCCCCCCCCCCUCCCUUCCAUUUUUUUUUUUUUUUUUUCUUUUUGCAAAUUAUUUUUUGUUUUAGACUUUCUGUAAAAUAUAAUUUUAUUGAGCCUAUCAUUCUUGUUUUUCUUAUUGUAAAAUGUUGUAAAAUAACUAGAUUAUGAUGUUUAGAACAUAAAUUGUUUUGAAACCUCUUAGCUUUAUGUAAAAAGAAAUUUUAUCCAUGAAUUAAAAAAUUAAAGGGUAUUGGACUUUCAUCUGAUCUUUCAUCAAUCCAAAAACUCCUCAUUUGUAGUUAUAUUAUUAUUCAUUCCAUCAAAGGGGGGGAGGAAAAUUGUAAGGUAUUACAUUAAAUUGCCACUUGAGCCCCAUCUUUCAUAGUAAGUGGGAAUUAAGGCAUAAGACAGUGGCUCCUAUGAAAGUGAACCCCCGUCCACCUCCAAGAGGCAAAAAUCUUGACUUUGAAAAUUGUAUCAAAUAUAAUUUUAUUGAGCCUAUCUUUUUUCUUUUUUUAUUUUCUUAUUGAAAAAUGCUGUGAAAUAACUAGAUUAUGAUGUUUAGAACAUAAACUGUUUUGAAACCUCUUAGUUUUAUAUAAAAAGAAAUUUUAUUCAUGAAAUAAAAUAUUAAAGGUCAUUGGACUUUCAUCGGAUCUUUCAUCAAUCCAAACUCACCAUUCAUAGUUAUAUUAUUAUUUAUUCCAUCAAGUAAAAAUUGUAAGGUAUGGUAGUAAAUUGCCACUUGAGCCCCUCUUUGGUAGUAAGUGGGAAUUAAGGCAUAAAGUGGCUCCUGUGAAAGUGAAACCCCCCAAGAGGCAUUAGUCUUGACUUUGAAAAUUGUGUCAAAUAUAAUUUUACUGCACCUAUAAUUUUUGUUUUUCUUAUUGUAAAAUGCUCUGAAAUAACUAGAGUAUGAUGUUUAGAACAUAAAUUGUUUUGAAACCUCUUAGUUUUAUAUAAAAAGAAAGUUCAUUCAUGAAAGAAAACACUAAAGGGUAUUGGAUUUUCAUUGGAUCUUUCCUCAAUCCCAACUCAUCAUUCAUGGUUAUAUUAUUAUUCAUUCCAUCAAGGGGGAAAAAAAGGAAAAUUGUAAGGUACUGUAGUAAAUUGCCACUUGAGCUCCUCUUUUGUAGUGAGUGGGAAUUAAGGCAUAAGGCAGUGACUCCAAUGAAAGUGAGACACCCCAAGAGGCAAAAGUCUGACUUAGGCCUUAGUUAACAGAUGGCAGCACCAUCUAUCAACAUUUCUGUUAGCUUCAUUCUAUAAAAACAGUUGCAGCGAUAGGUGCAGAACCAAGUCUGAUCCCUAAUCCACUACGCUACCCCACAUCUUAAACAGCUUUGAAUUUCUUUUUAUCACCAUGAUUUUCAGGAGAAAUAUACAAAGUAAAGAAAAAAAAUUAUUCAUUUUCUUGAAUUGGGAAAAAACAAGUUUUAUCAUAUAUUCAACAGCAGCUCAUAUCUAGAAAUGUGUAUAAGCCAAGAAUGAGUUCCACACAGAAUCUUAUAAUCCCUUGAAGAUAGGUAUUUAAAGCUCACUAUCAUAAAAGAUUUAAAUGACUGAUAUUGCCACAUUAAACAAAAGCAAAGUAAGCAACUACAAUUUGUUAAAAGCCAUGAGGAAAUUUCCAUCAUUGAGCUUUGAAUUUACUACAAUUAUUGUUCUACCAGAAAAAAUCCUUGAUUUAAAAUUCUACGACGUUCAAAAUAUGUAAAGGGGGUGGGGGAUCUAUCUCUCUCGUUUUCAUCCAAAUAUUAUUGAAUUCUUGUGAAAAGUUUGCUUAUGAAAAAGAACAAAAUUGAAUUUGUAGCAACUCCAUGCUGCUAACUAAUUUUGCUGGAUUUCAUGAAUUCAUCGAAAAUUUUUAAUCCUAUUUAAAAGUGGAUAAAGAGGCACACUUUCUCGUGUAUUGCUGGUAAAACUUCAAUUAUUUCCAUUUAUAAAUUCAUUUAUUUGCAAAAAUCUAAGAUUUUACUGUGGCAAUUUUACACAUGUUUGGCUCACAAUUACCUCAUAUAUCAUAUUGCGUGAUAAGGAGCUUUUUAUUUCUUUCUUUCAAUUUUUCCCCUGUGUUUAUUGUUGUUUUCAAUAUUUCAACAUUUAUGAGAGAAAAUACCUAGUUUAUUCAAAAAAUUAAUUGUUGAUUGGUUAUAUCUUACAUUUUGUUCCAAUUACUUUCUAAUGUUCUUUACUUUGCUAUUAUGUGUUCUACUUUUCUUGCUGCAACAGUCAUGAAUAGCAUUGGAUAGUUAUGUGAUAUGUUUAAAUUUUGUAAGAUUUUAUAAUUUUUCAGACACUUGUGUGUUGUCAUUGAUAAAAAAGGACUUAAUAAAAUGA